AUGCUCGGACAUCUCGAAUCGUAUUCACAAGAUCUAACUUUGUUCAUCUUACCGGAUAACGUCUGGCAGCUACAUAACAGCACUAUUAUUCUCCUAUACAAUACUAUCAUGGCUUUUUCAAACAAAUCCUCCCUCACAAUCACCCACAUCGGCACAGCAACAGCCAUCAUCGACGUCGACGGCGUAAACCUGCUUACCGAUCCAUUCUUCUCACCUGCCAAUACCGAAUGGGAUAUCGGUGUCACCGUCCUCAAAAACACAGAUACUCCCGCCAUGAGCUUGGAGACGCUCCCACCCAUCGAUGCAAUCCUACUCAGUCACGAGGAUCACCCUGACAACCUCGACGAACUCGGGCGUCGUCUCCUCGAUGGCCGGAAAGUUUUGACUACUAUCGACGGUGCCAAAAAGCUUGCUCCGAGACCUGGUGUUAGAGGCCUCCAGCCCUGGGAGACAGUGACAUUGGUCGCUGGUGGAAGAACGUUUCGAGUAACAGCUACACCAUGCCAACAUCUCCCGGGGGGUGAAUGCACGGGUUUCAUUCUCGAGUAUGAUGGAUUUGGCACUUCUUCAGACGGACGGCCGAAUGCACUCUAUAUCUCUGGCGAUACCGUCUAUGUCGAGGAGCUCGCGGAGACCAUUCCUAAGAAAUGGAACAUCACGGUAGCUAUCAUGAACUUUGGAAAUGCACAAGUUCCAAUGCCGGGAGGAGGAUCACUCCAAGUUACAAUGGACGGAAAGCAAGGUGCUCGAUUGUUUCGGGAUUUGAAGGCUGAUGUCCUUGUGCCAAUGCAUUUUGAAUCUUGGGGCCAUUUCACGCAGUUUGGGAAUGAACUUAGACGAGAUUUUCAGGAUGACGGCGUUAAUGAUAAAGUGUGCUGGUUGACGCCUGGUGAGCCGAAGAAGAUUUUCUGA